AGGAAACAUUUUGAAAACGCACUCAAACUCAACUGCAUACCGCCGCUAGUUUUUAUCUCCGGCGAGUGGGUGAUGUUAAGGUGCCCGACGGCAGUUAGGACUCUGGGAAAUCUGAUGGAAAAUUAUUCUCAGAUUCCUUCUGCCCACCAAAAGGCCCAUUUUCACUAUAACCACACUGAUUCUGCCAACUUCUCCAGAUGGACUGCAAAGGAAUGUUACCAGUUCAUGUAUGCAAGGCCGUGGCACAAAGUUGUUGACUUCUAUGCGGACAUGGUGAAAGGCCACACCUCAUUGUCAGGAUUAUUUGGAAAAGAGACACAAGCUGAGCAUGAAGAUGCUGAAAUUCGAGAGGACCAUGAGAAAUCUGAGGUAGUUAGUUUUCCAGUUAAAGAUAGGGGUGGUAGAUGGGAUAGAGUAACUUUUAAGAUUGUCCUUUCCUAUCAUGGAGGUUCUUUCGAUGGAUGGCAGAAGCAGCCUGCUCUGAAUACCGUCCAAGGAUUGGUCGAAAGAUCUCUAGGUCAGUUUGUUGAUGAGAGGAAGGCUCAAUUAUUAAAAGAUAAGAACUUACCAUUAGAAGCAUGCACUGUAGUUGCUGGGCGUACCGACAAGGGCGUUUCAGCCUCUCAACAAGUUUGUUCUUUCUAUACUUGGAGAAAGGACAUUAAGAUUCAGGAUGUAAAAGAUGCCAUUGAUAAAGCAGCACCAGGAAAGAUCAGGGUGGUUUCUCUCACCAAGGUAUCACGAGAUUUUCAUCCCAACUUCUCUGCAAAAUGGAGACACUAUUUAUAUUUAUUCCCUAUCGAUGAUGCAUUAAAUGGAGAGCAAGAUGGUCAAAUGUGGAUCAACAGUUGCACUGAUGUUCAUCAACAGAAUGAAUGUGGUAAAAGUGCAAUUGACGAAAGUAAUGUAGAUGUAAUGGAUGAUGACAAUGACGAGCUGGUGCAUGGAAACAAACCAACCAAGUUUAAAGUAAGCAAGGUUAACCGGCUUUUGGGUCAGCUUGAAGGAAAGCUUUUAUCUUACAAAAUGUUUGCACGAGAUCUUAAAGCUUCAAGGAACACUGGUCCACCAACAGAGUGCUUUGUCUUCCAUGCUAGAGCUAUUGAAAUCUCAAUACCAUGUGCAAAGGAUGGGAAUUCAAAAGGAAGAGUCAGAGAAGGUGAGCAAGUGAAGGGGCUCGUUUGGCACUUAUGUUAAGAUUAGUUGUAACUUUUCUGUCUUUUUUGUAUAUUAGAGGACCACCUCUUUUAGAUUCUCUAUUGUUGUAUACACCUUGUAUGUGUGGAUUUCCCUUUUACAUCAACAAACUAUUAAUUUCAUCAAUAUCAAAAAGAUUCUAACUCAUUAGUGUCUAAGAGUAUGCCAAACCUUAAAAUUUUGUCAAACCUACAUAAGAAAAAUGUCUUUACUGGUUUCCAUGUGAUGCUGCCAGUUACAUUGUAGAUUAAAGAUGGAUAUUAGUUUAAGAAUUUGGAGUACAUUCAGACCUCUAUAUAACAACAUCCCUAUAUAACAACAAUUCACUAAAAAAGCCAAGUUUUCCUCAGAACCGAUUUUUAAAGUUAUAUUUUACCUCUCUGUAACAGUUGUUUUACCUAUAACAACAACCAUAUUUAUAGCGGAACGCUUUUUGUAAAAUUAACCCCUCUAUAACAACCGUAUAGAAUCUUUAAGGACUAAUAAUAAUUCUAAAAAUAUGCACAUAAUCUUUUCCAUUGAACAAAGUUUCUAUUUUGCAUAAGACAUAGGAUUUCAAGAUUUGCACAUUAUAUCUUUUCAUUGGACAAAUGCCAACAAAAUAUUUAGAUAGAAGAUUUAACUGUUAAACUCUUAGAUUGUCUUCGAGGGAAAGCUAUUGGAUACCUUUUUGCUGAAAAUUUUGACACAAAUCUUCACAAAUUCAAGAGUUAUAUCGCUAGUAAGAUAAUGAAAUCUAUGAAAUAAGCUACAAAGUUCUUCCAUUAAUUUUAAAAGAAUAUAUUUUCCUAAGUAGCUUUAAAGUGUGUGCCUUAGAGUUUAAAUCUGUAUAAGUUUAGUUAUGAAUUUAUUAAUAAUGUAUUAGCUUUCUUCAAUAUUCAACAAGUGAAAUAUCCAUAUCUUUUGAGAUUUUAAAUUUGCAUAAUUUUCUCAUCUUUUAUAUGUAACAUUGAAGAAUGAAAAUUAGUUGAUUUUUGGAUAAUUUUUAUCUAUAACGGCCAAAAAGUAUUUAGACCUCAAAUGAUGUUAUAUGUAUAUAACAACCAUUCACUAUAAAAGUAAAAAAAUAUCGUAACAAACGAGGCUUUAUAGAGAGGGUUGACUGUACUUAUUUUAUUUCAUCUUUUUCUUCAUUUCUGAUCCUGUUCUUUUUCUUCCUUUUGCCAUCAUAGACCCUAUCUGUGCUUUCUUUUGCUGCUUAAUUGUCUGCUGAAGCUGUUGGAUUCAAACUACUUUUGAUGUCUGAUCUGAUUCAUGUGCGUUACAUUGCCAUUAAAUCAAUUAUUUCACUAAGAAUCCUUUUCUUUUCUUGUACUGAAA